AUGGGAACAAGGCGGGUUGGGACUGAGAUGCAACAAGGAGUCGAAGAUGUAACCUACGUUCACCAAGGUGGCAAUAACAGAAAUUUCAACAAUUACCACCCCAUCCAAGGAGGAGGCAAUUACAACCACUAUGGGAACAAGGUGCAUCCCAACUUGUCCUACGGGGACCUAAAUAAUGCCUUGCAACUACCACCCGGAUUCCAGGUAUCAGAUGGCCAAAUCAUAGAACCGAAGAAGGAUGAGCUGGAAGAUGUGUUAACGACUUUUAUGAAACAAACGGGAGAGUGCAUGAAAGACUCCAACAAAAGGCUAGUGCAGGUUGAAGCUAAUUUGAAUGACUUGAAUAUUCACAUGAAGAGCAUCGAUAACCAGAUAUGCCAGAUUUCACAGGCUGUGCGUAUUCAGGGCCAAUUCCCUUCACAAACGGUUGUAAAUUCUAAAGACUGUAAGGAUUGCAAAGCCAUCAUUCUGAGAAGUGGAAAGAGCUAUGAAGGCCCAACCAUGCCUGCAGAGAAGGAGAAAAUCUCUCAAGAGGAGAUAGUUAUAGAAGAGGUGGUGGAAGAAGAAGAACCAGUAGAAGAGGUGCCGCCUCCCAAGGUAAGCACCGUGAUACCUGCACCCCCUGCUGAGGUUAAGAUCUCAUUUCCACAGCGCGUGCAGAAGAAGAAACUAGAUGAUCACUUCUCUAGGUUUCUUGGCAUAUUCAGAAAAGUGCACGUUAACAUCCCACUGAUUGAGGCACUACAGCAGAUGCCGAAGUAUGGGAAGUUUCUGAAGGAGGUGAUAGCCCAGAAGACCAGUUGGGGGCAGCUGAAGGAUCCUGGAAGUUUCACUGUCGACUGCCUCAUUAGGGGCUAUAAGGUGGAGAAUGCUCUCUGCGAUCUAGGUGCGAGUAUUAAUCUAAUGCCACUAUCAGUGUUCAAGCAACUGAACAUCGGUACUUUGAAGCCCACCUCAGCCACACUACAGAUGGCAGACAGAUCUGUCGCGUAUCCAUAG